AUGAAAAGAUUAAAUGCCCUUGAAGAAAAUGUUGAUGCAUUGAAAGAGAAAAAUUUUCAGCUGAUUCAUAAGAAAAUCGAAGAACUGGCACGUACACAAGACGAAGUUGUUCCUAAAAACAUUCUUGAGCAGUUUGAAAAACGCUUGAAACAGUGGUCUGAGGAUGACCAAAAGUUUGUUAAUACAGAGGCAGAAAAAAAAGUAAUGGAAACUAUCAUGACAAAAAGUUGUAUAACAAUCAUUGGAAAUUCGGGCACUAGAAAAAGUUUCCUUUCAAGACAUAUUGCCCUGAAGAUGAUGGAACAAGGCUAUAUCAUAAUACCAUGUAGUAUUCCUGACGAUGUAAGACAAUGGUUUAAACAUCAAAGGAACACUUUAUUUGUCUUUGAUGAUGUUUGUGGACGGUAUACCCUUAAUCAACAGAUCUUCAAUGAGUGGAUACAAAGGCUUGACCAUAUUAAAUCUCUUCUUGAAGACAAAUGUUGUAAAAUUAUUUCCACAUGUAGACAAGAAGUUUAUAAAGAUGAAAAAUUCAGCAGUAUAUCUAUAUUCAAAAUGAAUAAAAUUGAUUUAAGUUCUCUCGAAUUCAGACUAAACAAAACUGAAAAAUUAGCUUUAGCUGAAAUGUACAUCAAUGAAAAUACUGAUAAGGUUAUUGAAUUAUCAGGGACAUAUGAUUUUUUCCCACUUUUAUGUAGUUUGUAUCAGAAACAGAAACUCCACAAACAUGUAACCCUAGAUAAUUUUUUCAGCAACCCAUUUGAUGUUUUUAAAGAUGAACUUAAAAACCUGUAUAUUGAAGGUGAUGAUGGUAAGAUGAAAUAUUGUGGCUUAGUCCUUUGUGUAAUGUUUAAUAACACAAUUACAGAAGAAAACCUGUCCAAUAAUGAUAAGGAACUAGCAGCAGUGAUUGAAGAUUUACUUGUAGAGUGUGAACUGAAUAAAGGAACAUCAGUCAAACGUUUAAAGAAAUCCCUUGAAACACUUGAAGGUACAUAUGUGGUCAAAGACGAUAGUACAUACAAAAUUAUCCAUGAUAAAUUGUUUGAUUUUCUGGCCAAGAACUUUGGAGAGAAUAUGUUACAGCUCUUUAUUGAUCAUUCUGAAACUGACUUCAUAUGUGAAAGAUUUCUAUGGAAAAUACCUGGUAACAUAGACACAUAUAUAGAGUUUGUUAUUAAAAUAUCUGAUAAUCAUAUCAAUAGAUACAUAAAAAGAUUACUUAAAGACUGGGAGAACGGUUAUGUAGACAAUGUAUUUAUGAAUAGAAACAUGCAUUCUCCUUCAUUUACAGAGAAGUUCAUAAACUAUAUAAACAAACUGGAUCGAUCAAAACAAGAAGAACUUGCAUGUCAACAAGAUAUGAACAGUAUAGAUAUAGCCCUCGGAGGGUGUUGCUAUAUGGGAACUGUUGACUUGGUCAAAUGGUUGAUAUACAGAAAAAGCAAUAUCAAUUAUUGUACACAUGAUAGUUACUUUUCGUUAUUCUGGGCAAGUCAGGAAGGACAUGAUGAUGUUGUUAAAGAACUGUUACAACAUUCAGCUGACAUAAACCAUUGUAAAAAUAAUGGGGUAUCAUAUCUGUAUAUAGCAAGUGAGAAUGGACAUGUUAAUGUUGUUAAGGAACUGCUACAGCAUUCAGCAGAUGUCAAUAUAUGUAGAAAUGAUGGGAUCCAACCACUACAUAUUGCUUGUUACAACAACUGGAUUGAGGUUGUUAAUCUUCUUCUUCAGUAUGCUGAUGUUGCUAUUGAUCACUGCGAUAAUGAUGAUCGUUCAUCUAUUUAUUGGGCAAGUCAACAAGGUAAUGUUCAUGUGGUCAAAGAACUGUUACAAAAAUCAGCAGCAGUAAACAAAUGUAAGAAUAAUGGUGUGUCACCUCUGUAUAUAGCAAGUCAAAAUGGACAUGUAGAUGUUGUUAAAGAACUAUUGCAUUAUUCAGCAGAUGUCAAUUUAUGUAACAAUGAUGGCAUUCCACCUCUACAGAUUGCUUGUUUCAACAGUAUUGAGGUAGUGCAUGUUCUUCUUCAGUGUGAUGAUGUUGAUAUUGAUCUCUGUGAUGAUGCUGGAUGUUCUUCACUGUUUUGCGCAACAAGUCAUAAAGGACAUUUUGAUGUUGUUAAAGAACUGUUACAACAUUCAGCUGAUGUACAUAAGUGUAACAAAAAUGGUGCAUCACCUCUGUAUAUAGCAAGUGAGAAAGGACAUGCUGAUGUUGUGAAAGAACUGUUACAAAAUUCAGCUGAUGCUAAUAAAUGUACCAAUAAUGGUGAAUCACCUCUGUUUAUAGCAGGUCAGGAAGGACAUGUUGAUGUUGUGAAAGAACUGUUACAACACUCAGCUAAUGUAAAUAAAUGUUCAAAUGAUGGUGUAUCACCUUUGUUAAUUACAGGUCAGGACGCACAUAUUAAUUUUAUUAAAGAACUUUUAAGACAUUCAGCUGAUGCCAAUAAAUGUAGUAAUGAUGGUACCACACCACUACAGAUUGCUUGUUACAACAACAGGAUAGAGGUUGUACGUGUACUUCUGCGGUGUGAUGAUAUUGAUAUUGAUCUCUGUGGUAACAAUGGCUGUUCUUCACUUUAUUGGGCAAGUCUGGAAGGACUUGUUGAUGCUGUUAAAAACUUUUUACAUCAUUCAGGUGAUGUCAAUAAAUGUAACAAUAUUGGUGUAUCACCUCUUCUUAUAGCAAGUAAAAAUGGACAUGUGGAUGUUGUUAAAGAACUGUUACAACAUUCAGCUGAUGUAAAUCAGUGUGCCAAUGAUGGUGCAUCACCUCUGGAUAAAGCAAGUCAGCAGGGAUAUACUGAUGUUCUUAAAGAACUGUUUAAGCAUUCGCCAGAUGUCAACCACUGUAGUGUUGAUGGUUAUUCGUCUCUUUAA